UGGAGCCCCUCCUGGAAUGCGAUCGGGUGCUAGCCGAACGUUACGACGGCGUCGACAUUGCUUUUGAGAAAACGAAAAGCUGGGGAAGAUACUGCAAAGAGCUAACAAACUAUGUGAAAUCCCGGUUGGCCAUCGAGCUGGAGCACGCCAAGCGCACCUCACAGCUGGCCGAGCAGACGCGGAUGGGCAUGCAAGAGGAAUUUCUGCCUAUGAAAGAGCUCUUCACCGACUCGUUCGACCUCGAAAAUGAGCAUUUUCUCAAAACCCGGGAGACCCAGGAGCACUUGGGAGACCGAUUUGUUAAGUCCCUCGAAUCGCGGCGCCUCGAAGCUGAAACGACACGAAGAGCCCUGAAAAAUGAGUGGCUAAAAACGGUGAAAGCAAUGACCGAUGCCGAAAAUGAGCUCCGCAAAGCCCAGCAAAACUUCACGGCCCGCGAGGAUUUAUUUAAAAAGGCCCGAGAGAACUCAAUUCGAGUGUCGAGCGACUAUCCGCCGGGAUCGUCUACCACGGAUUCGAUGCGGAAACUGGACAAGAAGCGCAUCCGGGAGGAAGACGCGCUUUUCAAGCGUGAAGAAGCCCUGCACCAAGUGAAGGCCCUCGAGACGGAGGUGAGGAGGAGGCGCAAGUCUGUGGAUAGGUGCAAGGAGAAGACGAUCGAAGCACUGCGCGAGUUGGUGCUACAGUGCGAUCAGACGACGAAGGCCUGUACGCAGCAUUACUUCAAGAUUCUGGAGUUUGACAUCCCGCCCCUUUUCCCCGGUGGGCUGCGGGAUCAGAAUCUU